AUGGCUAGCCAUCUAAGAUCAGUUAGCUUGCCCUCUAGGCCUCACCGCGAAGUUGAAGAGGAGCUGUGCAGCCUAGAGUCAUGCAUCUCUUCACCCUCCUUGGCCAUCGAGACAAUCUCUGAUUGUUUGUCGAGGCUUGGAGACAUGUACUGCUCUAUCGAGGAAAUAAUGUGCCUGCCCAGCAACCAAGUUUGCUCCUCCCAGCAAAGAAAGAUAAAGAUGUUGGAUGGAGAAAUGGAAUGCUCCCUUGAGCUCUUGGAUCUCUGCAAUGCAAUGCACGCAGAGUUUGGCGAGUUGAAGAACAUCAUCCAAGACCUGGAAGUGGCUAUCCGAAAAGGAGACGAUGCAGGCGUUCAAGUCGGGAUUCAGUCUUACUCUCGUUUAUUGAAGAAGGCGAAGAAGCAUUUUAAGAAGACCGCGAAGAAGGUUAUUUCUUACAAGGAAGAUUGCAGGAUGGUCACAUUGUUGAGCGAGGCUAGAGAGAUCACCAUCUCUCUGCUCGAGUCAACACUUCAUCUCUUGUCCAAGCAAAUCAUAACGCCCAAACAGUCUCUCAUCUCCAAGGCAUUCCAGAAGAAAAAUUCAGUUUUGUGCAAGGAGGAGCAGAUGCAGAUGCUAGGUUGCAGCAUCGGAGAUCUUGAGGCUGGGGUAGGACUUCUGUUCCGGAGAUUGGUCCAGAACAGAGUUACCCUCCUCAACAUUCUUAGCAGCAUGUUAGCUGGCUGGGUUGGCAGCAUGGUUGUUCCACAGUCUGGACAUAAUUUUUCGUUGAUUAUGAAUGUGCUUCAUAUAUCUUGGGUAAGAAGUAAAAGGGUACAAGCUCGUGGUGGAGGACGCUCUGGAGGCCCAACACGCAGCUGCACCAAGGCCAUCCUCAAGAAGCUUGGGAUCUGCGUUGAUGAGGAUGAUCGCGAGGCGCCCACCCCUGCCGCCAUGGAGCGCUAUGAGCGUAUGUUCAGGAAAGUGAUAGGGCGCAACCAGAUUGUUGCCCUUGCUUCCCUCUACGGAUGGGAGGUGCCGUCUGACGAGGAGCUGCAAUCUCACGCUGCAGCUGCUGAAACACCCUUGGUCGUUACAGGUCGUCCGCAUAAUUAG